AUGAGCACUCCAGAAUCUUUGAAUCCGGCUCCUCUUACAAGUCUUGGUGAUCACUCAUUCAAGAAAGUGUUGGAAGAUGACUAUUCGACUGGCAAAUUGAAUCUCAAGUUGAAAGCAAAUACCAAGAAUUCCGGAUCAGCAAAUUACAAGGGAUGGCUAGAUAUCUCAAAAAUGCAAUCCUAACAAGAAACCAAAUUCUAAUUCCCUUACCAAAAUUAUACUCUCCAACUUGCUACCAGAGACAAUGGUGCCAAAGUUCAUAUUGAUUUUGGAUAAGUUGCCAAAUUAUCAAAAGGCAACAUUUCUUUAUUUGCCAAUGCUAAAUUAGGAAGCUCAAAUAUCUCUGAUGCCAUUGUUAGAUUUGGAGGAGUGACAAGAUGGAAUGAUAUUACAAAUCACUUACGUUUGGAGUACAACGCACAUAGUUCUGUAGUCAAUGUAUUGAGUAGAACUGUUUCGAAGGUCAAUGAUUUGACUUUCGUUGCAGUAAAAGAUUUCCAAGCAAAUCAUGGAUUUGGAGUCAGAAAACUAGAUCUCCUUGUUGGAUAUCUCUAACCUAAAUACGAUUUAUUCUUUAGACAUCUAACCUAAAAUCCAGAUAAAUCAAAAUCAUUUUAGAGUCUUCUUUCUGGAAGAUUAGUUUUGGAUUUAGUUUAUAGACAAUAACAAUAAACUUAUGGAAUUGAAGCUCAGUACAAUCUGGAGAAGGCUAAGUUAACAACCUUGGUUGGAUUAACAACAAAAUUGAAUGGUUUAGAUGUUAAAGCUAAGGUGAAUACAUCUACAGCAACUUUAGGGUUGAGUGGAAAAGGAAAAUUCAAUGAAAAAUUCAACUGGACUUUAUCAACUGAGUUACCAAUAGAUGGAUAAUGGCCUAGAAAACAAGGGGUUUUCCCAGUCCCAGUAGGAUUCACAAUCGAUACAUCCUUAUGAAUAAAAUAAGUAUAUUCAAAUUUAUAAUAUAAAUUGAAUUUAAUUAUA